UUUUGCACGAGAUGAUGGAGACUAAGCACGUGCUGCUGUACUUCGAUGUGAACAAGGUGCGAUUACCUUCAACAUGACUUACUGGCGGUUUGCAGACGAUUACCAGGUAGUGUGCACCGCGUUGACCGAAGUUCGCGUUGUUCCGAUGACUACAGACAGCGAUCAUGCACGAUCCUGUGCAGGGGAAGACGCUUCCUCAUAUACUGAACGACUUACUGACCGAACGAGCCUUGGGUCGCGUAAUCGACGUGCCCGGUGGCGAUUCCCAGUGGGUCUGGGACGGAGAGAAAGCGCUGGGGGAAGGAGCUUUGGACGCUCGAGAGGACGACAAUCUCGUAUCCUACGGAGCAUUUCUAAGAGCCAAGUUCCCACUAUCGGGAGAUCCCAAGAUCGCCAAGGAGCACAAACACAUGAGGAAGGUGCUACGUCAGGAUUUCACGGCGACGGGGAACCCAGGGGAGGGAUUGAAAAGCGAGCACGAUGAACUCCUACAACACUUGCUACUGCCUCUCACUGGGGCAAGUGAAGCGCAGUUAGAAGAAGUGGGGCUGAGCGAGUCGCCGUACUGCUUCAUUGUGCCGGCGUUUUUCAGAUUUUUGGAAUAUUUACAGAAGAACGAGGUGAAGUUUAACCUCAUUUUCAGAACUUUUGGCGACGACCUGCAUCGCGUGGCGCAAGAGUUUAAUUGCUUUUGCGAAGGACGUCACCCGUGCUUUCCGUUGGUUAAGCCCAUGGAUGGAUCGGAUGGAGGUGUCGAUCGACGCAUUCAUCUUCACGAAAUGCCGGAUGGAGAAAUGCCUCGGUUUGGAACCUUUUUGCGAGCGGAGGGCACUACAGCUCUGGUUAUGGGCACCUUCAAACAGCCCAAAACAGUCGAUGAUGCUGAGCCCCUGGUAUUUUACUCAACUCAGAGAGAAACUGUUCAGAUUGUGCAAGGAUUGUCGCAAAUCCACGAUCUUCUUACUCGACGUUGGCGAGAUUCGCAGGCGACGCUAGCACUGCGUGACUUCUACCCGUACUGGUUCCGCAAUCGUGAAGAUCCUACUGCUGGAAAGCUUCUGGUGCUUGACCCAACAGAUUCUGCUGAAGGCGUUCACGCAAUGUUCUUUGACGAUAACAUUUUACCGCACGACGCUCAUAUUGUCGACGCUCGAUAUGCACACAAUGACUCGGCGUUGUCCUUUGCAGAAACGCGCGAGCUGCACUUGAUGCGUGUCGAGCCGCUUGACGUCAUCCAGAGCGAGACGUACUAUAUUGACCGUUUUCAAAUGUCUUUGGGGCGACGUAUCCGACAGAUAUCGUGACUUGGAAAAUAUCAUGCACGACAAGAACGACCCACACAAGACUUGAUGGAAAAAUUGAAUUGGGUGGUAGUUUUAAGAAACUAACUUUUUUUUUCGACGUCUGGUGAUGGAGCCGCCUAUAAUAACAUCCGUACGAACACCGUUUAAGCUGUAGUGAAUUGAGUUUGACGACACCUCCAUUCGAAGUAGUUGCAAUGCUGAAUUUUCGUAACUUUGUUAUUUCUGCA